UGCCAUUUUUGACAUAAAUUGGCGGUAAAUCAUGUUUAUGGCGUGCUACAACAUUUAUCCACAUAGAAUCGGGUAGAAGUGUCAAUCAUUCAAGUUUUAGUGAUUUUACUUGUAAAGAUAAAAGAAACAAAUAAAUUUAUUUGCAAGAACAAAGUAUAUUACAAUGGGAAUUCUAGGAUUAUCAAAAGUAAUUGCAGAUAUUGCACCACAAGCAAUCAAGGAAGGAGAAAUAAAAAACUUUUUCGGGAGAAAAAUAGCAAUUGAUGCUUCUAUGUCUUUGUAUCAAUUUUUAAUAGCCGUGCGAAGCGAAGGUGCCCAAUUAACAACCGUUGAUGGUGAGCCAACAUCACAUUUAAUGGGAACCUUUUAUCGUACAAUACGUUUAAUAGAAAAUGGUUUAAAGCCGGUUUAUGUAUUUGAUGGUAAACCACCAGAAAUGAAAUCUGGUGAAUUAACAAAACGUGCUGAACGACGUGAAGAAGCACAAAAAGCAUUGGAUAAAGCUACCGAAGCUGGUGAUGCUGUCGAUAUGGAUAAAUUUAAUAGACGUUUAGUUAAAGUUACUAAGCAUCAUGCUGAAGAAGCUAAACAAUUACUUAGCUUAAUGGGUGUACCAUAUAUUGAUGCUCCAUGUGAAGCUGAAGCACAGUGUGCGGCUAUGGUUAAAUCUGGUAAAGUAUAUGCAACUGCCACAGAGGAUAUGGACGCAUUAACAUUUGGUUCAACAGUAUUGCUAAGACAUUUAACAUUUAGUGAAGCAAGAAAAAUGCCAAUACAAGAGAUUCAUUUGAAUAAAAUGUUAGAUGCUUUUGAAAUGAAACAUGAAGAGUUUAUCGAUCUAUGUAUAUUAUUAGGAUGUGAUUAUUGUGAUUCGAUAAAAGGUAUUGGCCCUAAACGGGCUAUUGAAUUAAUCAAACAAUAUCGUAAUUUGGAUACAAUAUUAGAGAAAAUUGAUACAAAAAAGUAUACUCCACCAGAAAAUUGGAAUUAUAAAGAAGCAAGACGAUUAUUUAUUGAACCGGAAAUUCUUGAUCCAAAUUCAGUUGAAUUGAAAUGGACAGAUCCAGAUGAAGAAGGUUUGGUGAAAUUUUUAUGUGGUGAUAGACAAUUUUCUGAGGAGCGUAUACGCAACGGUGCCAAAAAAUUAUUAAAAGCACGAACUGGUACAACGCAGGGACGUCUUGAUUCAUUUUUCAAAGUUUUACCAAGCACACCGAAUAAGCAACAAACAACACCGAAACGUAAAGUUGAUGAUAAGAAGGGUAGUUUGUCCAAUAAGAAAGCUAAAACUACUGGUGGCGGUGGCCGUGGACGGCGACCAAAAUAAAUUUUUGGAAAUUAAUGAAUUAAUUGAUCAUUUAUUUUAUUUUUAUUUAAGUUUUGCUUUUAUUGUUAAUUAUAUACUCAUCAGUUAUUUAAUUUGUUUAGGAUUUUUAAUCGAUUGAUUGAAUCUCUCGACACUUUCUUUCUGCUCUAUGAUAUUAAGUUUGCCUUUCAGGUAAU